UAAAAACCCAUUUGUCAACGGCGAAGUUCUUCAAUCAUCACCUUCUCUCUCUACAAUGGACGGUUUGAUCAAGGGUUUGAUUCAUGUAGCCUUGGGUAACGAUGAAAGGGACGACGAUAGAAGGGAUUCCGAGCCUCGCGAUGAGAGAUCCAGAUCCACUUGGGCUCAGGUUGCAUCCGGUGAGCAAGAUCAUGACGAAUCAGCUACUAAUCAGUGGAACAGAAAGGAAGAGAACCAUGGCCGGAAACAAGACUGGGAAUCUGGUGGAUCUCGGCCUUCGCACCCGCACCAGACUAUGCAACCAGAAGGUGGUAGAGAUGAUUAUAGACAAUCCCAGCAGAACAAACAGAAUCUGUACAAUGAAAACGAAAAUAGUGGUAGAAAUGAGUAUAGACAGCCACAAGGGGGAAGACAGGAUGAUGGCAAUCAUGAUGAUGGCUGGGAGACUGUGGGUAAAAAGCAUCCAAAGCAGCCGCCUCAUAAGAUUCAGACAGAUCAAUGGAAUGAUUACAAACGUCCAGCUAGUGAUCAACACUACUCCGAUGAAGUCGAAUUCAGUGCUAACUUCGAGCCAACGAAAGAAGAGCUUCACGACCUAUCGAAUGCAUGUAACAAGCUCUGGGAACUUGACUUAAACAGAUUAGUACCAAACAAGGAUUAUCAGAUAGACUGUGGAGAAGGGAAAAAGAUUUAUGAAAAAGAAGACAUGGCUCAAGGAAGCUUAUUCACUUGGUUAAAAGAAGAUGUAUUAAGAAAGCCAACAUUUUCCCGUUUCUGUUCUCUUCUCGACAAUUACAAUCCACACGAAGGAUAUAAAGAACAAGUCACGUCGCAGGAAUUGCAAGAACAGGCUGCGUUUAUUGAAGAGAUUUGUAGGACUGCUCCAAUCAAAUAUCUGCAGAAGUAUCUUGCUUAUAAGGGAAUUGUUUCUGAUAACAUUCAGGAUUUUAAGAGAACUAUGACGAGUCUUUGGUUCGAUCUUUAUAACCGUGGAGGGACUUCUGGAAGUUCGUCGGCUUUUGAGCAUGUUUUCGUUGGGGAAAUUAAGCAGAAAGGGGAGCAGGAAGUUUCUGGUUUUCAUAACUGGCUUCAGUUUUAUCUUGAAGAAUCAAAAGGAAAAGUUGAUUAUCAAGGUUACAUUUAUCCCCGAAGGCGUGGUUCUGUUCCGGAUUCUGAAACCCAAUUGUUGACGGUUCAGUUUGAAUGGAAUGGUGUUCUGAAGUCGUUGUCUAGUAGCUUCAUCGGAGUGAGUCCAGAGUUCGAAAUUGCUCUCUACACGCUUUGUUUUUACGCGGGCCAAGAGGAAAACCAUGUUCAAAUGGGUCCUUAUUAUGUGAACAUCAAGUGCUAUCGAUUUGGAAACAAAAUGGGCUCAACUUUUCCAAUUGCUGAAUGAUAUGCUAUUCAAAUCUUCCUAAUAAGGUAAACCCCAAAUUUGAAUGGUCAUCUACUUUACUCCAUGUUUGUGCUAAUUUUCCAAUCAAAACUAAUACAUUAUUGUUUCUCUUUAAUUAUUAUUUUGUGAUAUUUGAGGAUUUUCAUACUUAAAAUUUGGGAAUGAAUGGUUAUAGAACAA